CUUGUGUAUAUGACCUGACAAUAUCGUCAUUGCGGCAGAUGAUGUGUCACAAAUCGAACCACCCUAUCCGUUGGAGGGGCGGUGGCAGUUGGAGUUGUUGCCUGUUGCUAGCGAAUGGACAGACAAUAUGGACGACCCGCGAGGUGUUCAAACUUCCAAGCGAAACGGGAGUUCCAGGUCGUUUUUAUCGGCCGGUUCCGCGGUGGCUAUGGAGAUUAAACGGAAGAAAAUACGACAGAGUACAUUAUUCCUCCAAACUGAGAACACUAACCUGCAAGAAAAGCUUGACUUUGAGAUGAGAAUGCGGGAGGGUGCCUACAAGCUGCUGCUCGCCUGCAGUAAGAGAGAACAGGUUCUUAACGCCUCCAAGAACCUGCUGACCUGUAACGCCAGGAUCAAGGCUUAUCUCACACAGCUGCAGAAGAAGAAAGAGGAGCAGGACAUGAUUGGAAAUGUAAUGAGAUUUUCAGAUGACCGUGUGCCCUGUAAUGGAACAAUUGCAAUGUCUGGGCUGCGCAUUCCUUUGAUGUGGAGGGAUUCAGCCUACUUUAACAACAGAGGGAGCUCCCGUCGAGUGGCCUUGUUCUGUCUGAUGCAGAUUGGCUCAGAGGUGUUUGACACAGAGAUGGUGGUGGUGGACAGAUCAGUCACUGAUAUCUGCUUUGAGACAGUCACUGUCUUUAAAGAAGCAGUUCCUCAAUUUGAGCUGAAGGUGGAGUUGUGGAGCUGUGCCCUGGAGGAAGAGCUCACGAUGGUAAAUACGCCAAAGAAACUGGCCAAGAAGCUCCGCAACUCCUUUGGAAAGACCGCUGGGAAGAAGCUAUGCCCUCUGCUGGACAGUCCAGACCCUGACACCUUCCUGCAGUACAACCCUAUACCCUUUGGAGCCAAGUACAGCCUGCUGGCCUACACUACACUGUGUCUGCCUGAGGCUGAAGGCAGCUUUCAGUCUCACUCCCUCAUUGUCCUCCAAGACGCUGAGUGGUCAUCCUGGCUUCCCCUUUAUGGCAACCUCUGCUGCCGGUUGGUGGCCCAGCCUGCCUGCAUGACACAGAGCAUGAUGACUGGCUACCUGAGCCAGAAGCAAAGUGUGGAGGGGAUGUACCGCUGCUGCAGUCUUUACUGUGUGCUGAGUUCUGGCUUAUUGUCCUGUUACUUCACCCCGGAAGAAAUUGAUGCUAAAGUGCAGCCCGCUCUCAACGUACCCAUCAACAAGGACACCCGGAUCCGUGUGAUGGAGAAGGAGUCAGCAGGCCAGAAAUCCAGAAGUCUGUCCAUCAUCAACCCUUCACCGGAGGGGUCUGAGACCAUCGUCUUCACCACAGAAACCAGCGAGGAGCUGGAGGACUGGCUGGAUGCCCUCCACCAGCACCUCUAUGAUCAGAGUCAGUGGCUGCACUGCUGCAACCAGCUAAUGAAGAUCGAGGUCGCGUCACCACGGAAACCUUCACUCUUCCUCACCAAGCAGCCUGACUCUGUAUACAAUGACCUCAGCAUAAAUUCACCUGGCAAGUUUGAAAGCAUCACAGACAUGAUCCACAACAAGAUAGAGGAGACAGAUGGCCACUUUCUUAUUGGUCGUGAAGAGGAGAAGGAAGCGCCGAAUUGGUCCACCCUGUUUGACGGGUCCCAUUCAAUGGUAGUGCAGAAGGGUAUUCUGUCCCAGAGCAAAACCUCCACCCCUUGUUCAAGCCCCAAUCCCAACACCAGCUCUACAUCCAUUGGCAACAAGAAGCGCCGUGCCCCACCCCCUCCCUCUGACCGAGAGCCUUAUGCUCCUCCCAGCCGCCCUGCCAGACCUCCCCUUCCUGCUUCUCUUCAUCAUCAUCCUCCUACUCCUCCUCCCUCACACCAGGAGAAGGAGAACUCCGGCACUUGCACUUCCCGCCCGGCCACAAGAUCCAAAACUGGCAGACCAUCUCUGGAUGCCAAAUUCUCUGCCAUCAUUCAGCAGCUCCAGCGGAGCAACGCUGGGGGAGCUGGAGCCCUCAGCCGGAAAAACGCUCCACUGGGCGUCCUCGAUGUGCAACCACAAAGUCAGCCUCAGCCUCCUCUCCAGCAGCUGGAGUACCAGACACACCCCACCCAGCACCCUGAAGCCACAGGUGAACAUGGCUUCGUCAGACCAAGUCACGGUCCUGGUCCUGGUCCUGUUCCUACACCAAGGAGCAAACUGAGGAAGUCUUUCAGAGAGAGGAUGAACCUCAAAGCCCUGUGACCUGGACCUUCGACAACAACUGGAUUCAACUAAUUAAUCCUACCUAGUUACCACUAAUACCCCUAACUACAACAUUAGUAAGAGCCUUUCAACUGAGCCCUUUAACGUUUAUAAAAUCAGAUAUCACAUAUAUAUUUGACUGCACCUCAAUAGCAAUAAUGUGAUAUUUUGGGCAUGACUGUUGGUGUGAUCCAACAUUUAGAGGAAUAGUUCAAACUUUUGGGAUAUAUAUAUAUAUAUAUAUAUAUAUAAUAUAUAUAUAUAUAUGCGCAUGCUUAUACAGUAUGCUUUCUUGCCUUACAUGAAAAGAUCAAUACCACUCUCAUAUCUGUACACUAAAUAUGAAGCUGGAGCCAGAAGACGGUUAUCUUAGAUUGCCAUAAAGACUGGAAACCGGGUAAAUUGGCUUUUCCCAAAGGUAACAGAAUCUGCCUGCCAGCACCGCUAAAGCUCACUUAUUAACACGUAUCUAAUUUUUGACAAUGUGUUUUUUUUUUUUUUUUUUUUUUUUUAUGCUUUGUUUUUUGUAUGGAAUAAAUAAACAAACAAGAUAACAUAUUAAUUGGUGACCUUUUUAAAGGUCCUGGUUGGAAUACUUUGUUUUCUCGUUUGGACAGAGCCAGGCUAGCGUUUUCCCCCUGCUUUCAGUCUUUAUGCUGAGCUAAGCUAACCGGCUGUCUUCUUAUUGAGCUGAUAAAUAAGAGAGUGGUAUCGAUCUUCUCAUAUUUUUUUCCAAAAUGUUGACCUGUUUCUUCAACCUAAAGGAUGUGUGUGUGACCUGGUCUCUUAAAAAAACCGAACUUCACAAUGUCCAUCAUGACGACCCAAAUCCCAGUUGACAGCUCAUAUCACAAUACCAAUAUUGUAUUGAUACAUUUCCUGCUCCACUCUCCAUUUAUAAAUUCUUUCAUGUGCAGCUAGCCCAUGGAUGAAAUUGAAAGCUGUAUGUUGGCUUGAACACUGCCAUCAUCUAUUCCACUAAAAUGAAAAGGCUUAUUUCUCAACUCUGCCACUGGCACAUGGAACGAAGAAAGAGCCUUUGCAAAAGCACUUAAAUUGGAAUUGAUCCAUUGGCCGACUGUGAACGAGUCAUUCCUUUUGGAACUAUUGACUUAUUCCACUUACUGUGACAACUUUAUGACCACUAUAGCUGAUUUUAAGGGAACAGGAUUUUAGGAGCAAUUGCAAGCACUAAUGUGACUUCUCCAUUUCCCAGAGGUCUUAAUAAUGGAGUGACCUUGGUUUUCAGUGGCUACACAGUACUGUAUGUCCAACAUUAAUUUAACACUGCAGCCUAUAAAUGCUAUGAACAUAAUCGAAUGAAUGAGUCUUUUGAGUGGCUCAAAUAAUGAAUGCUCUUGUGUUAGGGUUUUGACCAUAUCCAAUACUGCCAGCCCCUAAAUAUUUCAACCACUUAACAGUCACGUGUUGAAGACUGGUCUUCAUACUGUAAUUACACAGAGUGUACAAAACAUUAGGUUUACCUACUUUUUCUGAAAUUGCCUGGCCAGAGAAAGCAGUAUGGUUAAAGCUACAAUCCCAUUGUUUUUCCCUCACCCUCUGUAAUUCUGUUUAAUCAAGAGGGGAAGAUGGAGAUUUGGGGUGAGGCAGAUUACAGGAGGAUUUAGUUUAAAACCUUGAGAGAAGCGAGAAUGGAUUGUACAAAAGAGGAUGCUGCUCAAUAUAAGCAGUGUGCUCAGAAUGCCAGUGUGUAUUGCAAAUAUUGAGUCAUAUUGAUGUACUGAAUAUAUCUGGAAGUUUCAAGGGUCAAACCUUAUUCAUUUUUGUGGUUACACCUUGGACUUCAUGAUAAUGGCUAAAAUCAUCAGAAUAAUUAUAUUGCACUUUCUGCAUCAUCCAUCAACCUCUUGGCCAUUUUCAGUUAGACUCAGCAUUCUAGAGACUAAAGAACAUUAAAUUACAUGCCAAUGUUAACUGACAGUUAUGGUAAAAGGUAACAUUUCUGUAAAGUAUUUCGGAUUAACUGUGCAGCCCUGGUAAAAGCAGGAAAUGUUGCCUCUUUCAAUAUUAAGCCUGAGGGAGAAAUGUACAACUGCUAUACUAUAUGACUAAACAAGGACUGAACAUUUUUUAUCAGAGCCAAACUAAUGAGCCAAAUUCAUAUUAAUUUACAAUGUUUAUAAAAUAUGUCUCAUAUCUUUUCUGUUAUUAAUUAUAUAUGACAGUAAUAAUUUGUAGUUUUUUUGAAUUGUCUUUGAUUAAAAUGUUCUGUAAAUCUUUUUUAUAGUAUAAUACUGCCAUGUUAUCUCAAUAUAACUUUCAGCAUAUAUUUAGACUUUAAGUGGCACUGUGUUUAUGUAUGUGUAAGUAGGGAUACAUUAAUCUUGUCCUAGUGCAAAAUAAUUUGUGUAUAGUGCAAUCUAAAAAUUAUUGUAUUUUUUUUGUUUCUCAAAGUGUAAUUUUCUACUCACUCUGUUUUCUUGGAAGCUAACUGUAGUUUUUAUUAUUGCUGAUCUGCAAUAAAACGGCCUACAUUCUA